AUGGUCUUUCCCUCGCUUGAGGUUUUCCCCAACCAGGUAUCUCCCGCCUCUCUAAACUCCCGACCGGUCUUCCGACAAGUUAUGUUCUGCGUGUUAGCGUGUGUGUGUGUAAAGGGAGAGGAUAGGGCAAGGAAGAGGGGUUGUGUAGUAGGGAGGGGUAGUGCAGACUGUAACACAAUUGGCGAUGAGCCCCAGUCUAGUGGGAAGACGACGCCUCAAAGUCUUUCAACUCUCCAUCAAAAUCAGAGACAGAGAGGCACUAGAGUCGCCGGCUACCGCAGCAGAGCGCGCCACUGUAAUGGUCUCUACCAGGAUACUCGUGUAUGGGAAUUGAAAGGCCGUGGGCUAGGCCUUCGCAGGCGUAACCCCCGCGCCUGUCUAUCGCUAUGCGUCCACGACGCCGCGCGCCUGCCUGUCACUGCUGUAAUGCCCUCGGUUGGGUCAUCGCAGCCUUCAAUUAUUCCUAUAAUAAAUAAAAAUAAUAAUAAUAAUAAUAAUAAUAAUAAUAAUAAUAUUCAUAUUAUACUAACUACAUCAAGGAAACUGGACACGCGAGUGUACACAUCAGGCACGCCUGACACGAUGCCAACGAUGACGGCUGCCGGAAUCACCCUUGUGUGUGUGUGUGUGUGUGUGUGUGUGUGUGUGUAUGCCGAUUAG